AUGAUCCCUCGUCAAUGCGCCGUCUGCUCCAGCCGGAGUCGGCUCCAGCGCUGCGCGGGAUGCCAGGUUGUCUACUACUGCGGACGCGACCACCAGACCUCCUGCUGGGCAACCCACAAACGCGCAUGCACCAAGGUCAAGAAGUCCCGCGAGAACUAUCUCAAGGAGGAGGCCAAGAUACGCAACGCCGAAGAGUUCGGAUGGGGCUGGACCUGGGAGUCCGCCCAGGGCCACUUCUGGGGCAUCGUGGAGACGCGCGACUACAUGCGCGCGCGCUACAACUACUGCGAUAUCAUGCUCGAAGUCGACACCGUCGACGCCGUCGAGAAGUCCGUCGAGCACCACUUCGAGAUGCUCAAGCUCUGCCGCAGCGACAACAUGGGCAUCCGCGACGUCACGCCGCACCUGCUCCUCCGCCUCGGCCGCGACCAGGACACGUACGACUUCACCAAGUGGUGGGCCACCACGGGCAGCGAAUCCGACUACGACUGGGGCGACGUCUCCCUCCCGCACUUGCACCUCAAGGGAGAAAAUGUCCUCGAGGCCGUCGACGUCAAGCAGUUCUCGUCCCUCAGCCACAGCGUCGCCACCGCGCUGCUCAAGAUCCGGCUGUUCAUGGACCUGCGUGACGUCCGCAACGCCGACCACGCGCUGGGCGUCGCCCUGCCGCGGGAGAUCGUGGACAUGAUCAAGAACCGCGUCCCCCGCACCGACGUCGUCGCGGCGCGGCGCGACCUGCUCAAGGACACGGCCGGGACGGUGCCGCUGAUGCGGGACCUCCAGAAGCAGAUCCGGAAGCUGGUGGUGUCCGUCGCCGAGCACAACAAGUACAUGUGGACUCACAUCCUGAACCCCGCGUCUUUCGGACAGGCGAUGAACAGCCCUUACUCGAUGGGCUCGCACGAGGAGGCGCUGCUGGUGCUCAAUUACUGCUAUCCGGCGUGGGCGGAAACCCCGGGCUCUGUCGAAGUUGUCAAGCGGGCUGGUCGCAGGACAUGA